AUGACCUUUCUACGCGACUGGGGCAAGAUCUCGGAGUCGGUGGACAGUCAAGACCGCGCGUCCAUGAUGUGGGAGCUCGAUCCCAGCGAGGACAAGGGCGCAUGCCCCGGCAAAGCCAUGAUGCAGUACUUGACCAACGUGGCAUGGCAGUUCGGCCCGAUCCUCCGCUCCGAGGAGAGCAGCUGGAUUUUAUUAUACGGUCAUAUGGUGAAAGGUGUGAAAGAGCGCACACCGACCUACAGCCCCUCCUCGAGAAAACGUGACUGGCGAACACGGUCGACUACGGAACUUAUGCUCUGGAGCCACGACAGUCCAGGUGAGACGAUCACAUCAUCCCCGCCACGCCCAAGCGUGCUCCCAACACCACCCCGAACGCAUCCCAUCCAGCUUGCCGCCACACCUAUCCCCCAGUGUACGGACUCUAACACCGAGGACGGCAUUAUUACAAGCGCCACCGCCUAUGCCGAGAAGCUUCCCUUAAGUCCUCGAGUAAUCAGCAGUAGCACACGGAUUGCUGCCACUGUCCUGAAAGAGCAGGCAGAGUGGGGAGAACGCGAGCUUGUGAAUGGAUCCCGGGAUAACGCGCAGAGGGCCAUUCGAUUCAUCCAAUGUGAACACACGAGGCUGGAGUCCUACCUGGCACUGAAGUACACGAACACCCAGCUGCGAAAACACGUCGCCGCAAUCGAUGCAUACGCCGACUAUGUCGGCCAGCUUCUCCGUGCAGUCCGGAACAGGGUGCGGACGGCCGUCCGCGACAAGCAAAUAUUACCAAAGAUUGCAAAGGCCGGGCCCCCACAUGUUGACUUCCUGGCUAGGGGCAUUUCGGCCCGCCUGCGAAAAGAAGCGGUGGCAAUCGCGAAGUGGGCUGUCGACACGAGCGUUGAGAAGGGCGCCAGGCCCAAACCUGAUAUUUCAAAGUAUUUAAGCGAUCACUCUCCUGUGCAACCAGCUUCUGCCAGCAAUGGUAUUUCCUUCGACCGACACGCCGCAACAACAAUCAGCGCAACCUGCCAACAAAACACGCUACAGAUGAGACCGCCUAUUAAGUUGUGCGAGGAGGACGACGACAAAAACAACAAGGAAGACGAGGAAGACGAGGAAGACGAGGAAGACGAGGAAGACGAGGAAGACGAGGAAGACGUACCUAAUAUCACACACAAGUAG